UUGUGGGAGAGUGGUUAGAGCAGUUAGAGGAAUGUUAAUGGAAUGGUUAGCCCUCGUAUAUAGUAAGCACCAUAGAACAUACACCACAUACCAUGCGUGACUCUUAAUUCUUAAACCCCCGCCUCCAAUCCCCAAUAAUAAUUCAAAGUAGCUAGGAAGUAGUAUUCUUCCCUGACCAUUCAUUAUAUUAAUUCCUCUUCUUGCGAAUUCGCGAAAACCAUGCCGAGACCGUGGAGGCCGAUGAUCGCCGCCAAGUGCUGCACGGUCGACGACGGGCAGGUGGCGGUCAUCGGCAACCUGAGCCGCUGCCGCCCGACCCGAUCGGAGUUCUCGAAGAAAGUAGCGGAGCUGACGUCGUUCCGCCGGCUGAUGUCGCCGUCGGCCGAGCUGAGCAGCUCGUCGUCAGCUCGCUUCAACGAGGAUUUAUCGGCGGCGGCGGCCGCCGGCUAUGGGAUCGGGGCGGGGCUGUACGCGUUCCAGCUGUGCGAGCUUCGCGCCAUCACGCACGACUUCUCGAGCAACUACCUCCUCGGGGAGGGAGGGUUCGGGACGGUGCAUAAAGGAUACAUCGACGAGAAGAUGCGGCCCGGGCUGAAGGCGCAGGCCGUCGCCGUCAAGCUCUUGGACAUCGAGGGCCUCCAGGGCCACAGGGAGUGGCUGGCGGAGGUGAUACUCCUGGGACAGUUCAGGCACCCGCACUUGGUGAAGCUGAUCGGCUACUGCUGCGAGGACGAGGAGCGCCUCCUCGUCUACGAAUUCAUGCCACGUGGCAGCCUCGAGAACCAUCUCUUCCGGAGGAUAUCGACGGCGUUGUCGUGGGGAACGAGGCUGAAGAUCGCAGUUGGAGCCGCAAAGGGUCUCGCCUUCUUGCACGGCGCGGAGAAGCCCGUUAUAUACCGCGAUUUCAAAACCUCCAACAUCCUCCUUGACUCUGACUUCACCGCGAAGCUCUCGGAUUUCGGGCUCGCGAAGAUGGGGCCUGAAGGGGAGGACACUCAUGUUACUACCCGGGUGAUGGGAACCCAUGGUUAUGCCGCACCGGAAUACGUCAUGACCGGGCAUCUAACAACGAGGAGCGAUGUCUACGGCUACGGAGUGGUGCUUCUUGAACUGCUUACAGGAAGAAGGGCCAUGGACAAGAGUCGAGGAAAGAGUGAAGAGAAGCUUGUGGAUUGGGCCCGACCUUACUUGACCAGCAGCCGAAAACUUCGCUGCAUCAUGGACCCGAAGCUCGCGGGCCAUUACUCCGUCAAGGGGGCCCGAGAGGUCGCCUCUCUGGCCCUCCAGUGCAUUAGCCCGACCCCCAAGGACCGCCCGCGCAUGUCGGCCGUCAUCGAUACCCUCCAAGGGCUUCAGCAUCUCAAGGACAUGGCAGUCAGCGUCGGCGCGUGGCCCACCACGCCGAUUGUCGGACGCAAUGCCAUAUCCGCAAAGUCUAAGAUGGAGGGGGCCGCGAACGGCCGCCGCAGAGUUAGCGCGUCGGCGAAAUUAGGUUGAGUUAUGUGUAUAUAUAUAUAUAUAUAUGUUCCUCGUAAGAAAUGUUGCUGCAGCAGAUCAGUAAGGUGUAGAUAUAUUGAACUGCCUAAAUUUAAGAGAGUGAUUGGAGAUGAAAUAUCGCGCGCUUCUUCGCCUGUACAUAUUAUAUAUUUGAGAACUUGGUUUCAUUUAGUAA